AUGACAAGUACAAACGAACUUGAGAAAAAGCUACUAGCAAGAUGUUACGACUCCAAUAAUGAAAUCAUACAAAUUUUAGAAUCAAGAUACUCAACAGAAGGUGAACAAAAACCAACAAUUUUAUUCAAACAUAUAGAUAAAUCCAACCCUAAAAAACGUAAAAACGAAGAAAUAGCACAAUCAGAUGAAAUAGAACCACAACGUAAAAGAAACACUAGAAAAGAACUAAAGGUAUACAUCAACACUCAACUCGAAUCACAACGCAAACUUAUCAAAAAGAUCAAAACUUUACAAAAGGAAAAUCAUAUUUUUAAUAUUGAUUAUUUAAUAGAUAAAUAUCAAAUUCCUCGUUUUGAAUCAUUCAUUAAAAUGAAUGAAAUGUGGCAAUCAUACAUCCAAGAUCUUUUAUCUACUCCCGAUGGGAAAUUCCAAUUAAAUACUCAACAAAUAUUACCAAAAUUAGUAAAUGCAGAUUUUAAUGGUUGUUUACUAACUGUACUAAAAUCAAGAAAUAAUAACGUUGUAGGGACAAGAGGUAUAGUAGUUUGGGAUUGUCAACAUUCAUUCAUAUUAGUUACUCCAAGAGGGUUUGAAAACAAAGAAUGGUUAAUGGAUAAAGAACCACCAUCACCGCCAUAUGAAACUUUAACUAGAGAAGAAAUAGUAGCUGCUAAAAAGAAAGAAUUAAAGUCAUUAUCUGCAUCUCAAUGGGUUGGUGGUUUUAAAAUGGUCCCCAAAAAAUACACAUUAUUCGGAUUUGAUGUUUUGAUACCUAAUAAAUCCGAAGAUCAAGAACAAGAAAGUUUACAAUUUACAAUAUUAGGUUCAAGAUUUGAAAUUAAAAGUAUAGAUCGUUCUUCUAAAAAAUUUAAAAAUCAUGCUGUUGAUGAUAUACUAUAA